AUGUCUACGGAUUUUACAACGAUUUUAUUACGAGAUUUCAACAACCUUCUUGAGGAAGGUGUUGACCAUAAUGUCAUCAUUCAAGCUGGUGAAGAACCAAAUACAAAAUCAUUUCGAGCUCAUUCUGGAAUUCUUCGGGCUAGGUGUCCUUAUUUUCGCACGGCAUUAUCUGAAACAUGGGUUAAGCCACAAGAGGAUGGUGUAAUAAUAUUUAAAAAGCCAAACAUUUCCGCCGAAAUUUUUGAUAUUAUCCUCAAGUAUAUUUACACAGGUAAAAUAGCGCUGGAUAAACAAGAUGGAACAGGAAUUCUUAGAUUAUUGAUGGCAGCAGAUGAAUUGAUUUUACAUGAUUUAUUUGGAUUCAUUCAACAACAUCUCAUAGAAUAUAAAGCAGAAUGGAUGCAAGAAAAUUUUGAUUUGGUUCGUCGAACUGUAUUUCAAAAUGAUCGACUAAAAAAACUUCAAGAUUAUUGUGUGGAGAGAAUUUGUAAAGAACCAACUUUACUAUUCAGUUCAAAGGAUUACCUUUCAGUCAAUUUAACUGUAUUAUUAAGAGUUUUUCAAAGAGAUGAUUUACAAUUAGAUGAAAUUGAAGUUUGGGAUUAUUUAAUACAAUGGGGAACAACUCAAACUUGUGCUUCAACUGAAACACCAGAUUUAAUCUUAGAAGAUAUUUCAAAAUGGUCAAAAGAACACGUAAAGGCUUUACAAUCUACGAUACAACAAUGUAUUCCUUUAAUUAGAAUUUUUCAAAUUUCAUCAAAAGAUUUUUUUAAUAAGAUAGUACCAUAUAAAGGUAUUCUACCUAAAUCACUUUAUAAAGACGUUAUGAAAUAUCACAUGGUUCCGGAUUGUCCAAGGCCUCCAUCUUUAAUGCCACCAAGAAGAGGUGGGUUUGAAUCAAUUUUAAUAAGAGCGAAACAUGCCGCUUUAAUUUCAAGUUGGAUCGAUAGAAAUGACAUUAAUGUAUUUUAUAAUUCUACAAAUAUUCCUUACGAAUAUAGUAACAUUCCUUAUGAAUUCAAAUUACUUGUAAGAGGAAGUCGAGAUGGAUUCUCUCCUGCUGCAUUUCAUGCAAAAUGUGAUUUACAAGGCCCAACUGUUUUAGUUUUAAAAAUUCAUGGAACAGGACAAUUAAUUGGAGGUUAUAACCCAAUUUCUUGGGAUUCAACAAAUAAAUGGGGAACUACUAAAGAUAGUUUCCUUUUUUCUUUAGGAGAUGGAGAGGAUUUAAAAAAUGUUGUAUUUAGUAGAGUUCAAGAACAUUCAAGAGCAGUUUUAUGUUCUCAAGCAAUAGGUCCAUGUUUUGGAAGUGGUGAUUUAGUUAUGGGUGGAACUCACGCUAAUUUUAAUUUAGAGUUGGGUUGUUCAUGCAAAAGACAAUCUUAUGAAAGACAUUUAAUUAUAAAUCAUGAUAGAUUUUCCGUUGUUGAAUAUGAAAUAUUUAAAGUUACACCCAAAUUAGGGGUUAGAAAUAGUCAAGUUUUUAAUAAUAAUAAUAUUUCAAGGACGAGUGGAAGAUUUUCUCUUUUAUUAUCUCACAAUCAUUAUUUCACUCCUAAUAAUCAACAACCACAUUAUAAUUGA